ACAGCGCACCGGGCCGGGGGAGCGGCCGCGCUGGGCCGGGCGGGCGGGUGGCGGGGGCGCGCUCGGGGACCCGGGCCGCGUGGGCGCCGGGAUGGAGGGCGCCGAGGGGCGGGGAGCGGGCGUGCGUGUGUGUGCGAGUGCGAAUGCGAGGGAGGCCGGCCUUGAGUGAAACCGGAGCUACAAAGAAGGGGAGAGUCCGGGAGCGGGAGGGCGCGAGGGAGGAGCGGCGGCGCCGGGGCAGCUCCGACGCCCUCCCGCGGGGAAGGAGCCCCCGCGGUGCCGCCGAGGCCCCGACGCGGGGCCGCCCCUCGGCCCGCCGCCCCGCGCCCGCGCCCGCUGGGAAUGAUGAAGAAGAACAAUUCCGCCAAGCGGGGACCUCAGGAUGGAAACCAGCAGCCUGCACAGCCCGAGAAGGUCGGCUGGGUCCGGAAAUUCUGCGGGAAAGGGAUUUUCAGGGAGAUUUGGAAAAACCGCUAUGUGGUGCUGAAAGGGGACCAGCUCUACAUCUCUGAGAAGGAGGUAAAAGAUGAGAAAAAUAUUCAAGAGGUAUUUGACCUGAGUGACUAUGAGAAGUGUGAAGAGCUCCGGAAGUCCAAGAGCAGGAGCAAGAAAAAUCAUAGCAAGUUUACUCUUGCCCACUCCAAACAGCCCGGUAACACGGCACCCAACCUGAUCUUCCUGGCAGUGAGUCCAGAAGAGAAGGAAUCGUGGAUCAAUGCCCUCAACUCUGCCAUCACCCGAGCCAAGAACCGUAUCUUGGAUGAGGUCACCGUUGAGGAGGACAGCUAUCUUGCCCAUCCCACUCGAGACAGGGCAAAAAUCCAGCACUCCCGCCGCCCCCCAACAAGGGGACACCUAAUGGCUGUGGCUUCCACCUCUACCUCGGAUGGGAUGCUGACCUUGGACUUGAUCCAAGAGGAAGACCCUUCCCCUGAGGAACCAACCUCUUGUGCUGAGAGCUUUCGGGUUGACCUGGACAAGUCUGUGGCCCAGCUGGCAGGGAGCCGGCGGAGAGCAGACUCAGACCGCAUCCAGCCCUCCGCAGACCGGGCAAGCAGUCUCUCCCGACCUUGGGAAAAAACAGACAAAGGGGCCACCUACACCCCCCAGGCACCCAAGAAGUUGACGCCCACAGAGAAAGGCCGCUGCGCCUCCCUGGAGGAGAUCCUAUCUCAGCGGGACGCUGCCUCUGCCCGCACCCUCCAGCUGCGGGCUGAGGAACCCCGAACCCCUGCCCUCCCCAACCCGGGGCAGCUGUCCCGGAUCCAGGACCUGGUAGCAAGGAAACUGGAGAAGACUCAGGAGCUUCUGGCAGAGGUUCAGGGACUGGGAGAUGGGAAGCGAAAGGCCAAGGACCCCCCUUGGUCUCCGCCAGAUUCUGAGUCAGAGCAGCUGCUGCUGGAGACGGAACGGCUGCUGGGAGAGGCAUCAUCGAAUUGGAGCCAGGCAAAGAGGGUGCUGCAGGAGGUCAGGGAGCUGAGAGACCUGUACAGACAGAUGGACCUGCAGACCCCGGACUCCCACCUCAGACAGACCACCCCGCACAGUCAGUACCGGAAGAGCCUGAUGUGAGGGCAGGGUGGGGUCUGAAACUUGUCGGGUUGGACAGACUCUUAUCUCCGUGUUGCUGGAUAAAGCUUUUUUAUUUACCUCAAUCAAAAAAAGAAAACAAAAAUGAA